CAGGGGCGCGGCCUUGGAAGGCUGGUGGGACCCGGGGAAGCGGGCAGCGGGAGGGGGCCCUCGGGUUCUGCAGCUGCCCCGGGAUCAGGCGCACGGCCCUGGCUUCGCAGGGCAUCGGGGAGCCCUGUGAGGAGCACAAGCAAUGCCAGAGCAACUGCUGCACCACCAGCACCCUGAGCCCGCAGAAGUACUGCGCGUCCCUCACCGUCUUCCGGAAGUGCUUGUCCUGGCAGAAGCCCACGGGCUACCAGUGCUCCGACCACAAGGAGUGCCGCAGCAGCUGCUGCGUCACCAACAGCCGCAGCCCGCUCCGCUUCUGCACGCCCCGCACCAUCUUCUUUCAGUGCCUGUCCUGGCGCAAGCCCAACCAGGACUACUGCUCGGAGCACAGCGAGUGCCACAGCCAGUGCUGCCUCAGUCUGAUCGAGACUGCGCCCGCGCGCUGCAGGCCCCGCACCGGAUUCCUGGCCCAGUGCCUGCCACUGGUGAGUGCUGGGCGGGCCCCGCAGCUUGGGCAGGGUGGACGAGGCGCCAGAAGGGCUCCGUGAGGUUCCAGCGCUCACCACCUGCCUGGUGCCAUCAGCACGCAGAAAGGGUUAAACUGCGGCCCAGCGAACCAGAGGGUCCCACUGAUGUCCUUGACCAGGCGACCUGA